CGCGACCAUCUUUCUACUCGAUAGUCUAUAUAGCAGUCUGAUCCGCCAAGGCUGUGCCAAGGGAUCCUGCAGCAGCCGCUUGUUCCUUUGUCAACAGCGUGGAGCACAGCUAUGGCACCCAGAUACCAGUGUGGAGCACGGCUAUGGCGCCCAGGUCCACAGCGUGGAGCACGGCUAUGGCGACCAGGUACCAGUGUGGAGCACGGCUAUGGCGCCCAGGUCCACAGCGUGGAGAACGGCUAUGGCGCCCAGGUACUAGAGUGGAGCACAACUAUGGCGCCCAGGUCGCAGUCUAGAGCACGGCUAUACCGCCCAGUUAAGUUGCCAGUGUGGAGCACGGCUAUGGCGCCCAGUUAUGUACCGCAAACGCAGUUCGCCAGUGUGGAGCACGGCUAUGGCGCCCAGUUAAGUACCGCUGACGCAGGUCGACAGCGUGGAGCACGGCUAUGGCGCCCAGGUACCAGUGUGGAGAACGACUAUGGUGCCCAGGUUGUUGUUGUGGUUCUUGCUGCUGUUGUUGUUGUUGUUGUUGUGCAGGUCGACAGCGUGGAGCACGGCAAUGGCGCCCACCAGAGUGGAGCACGGCUAUGCGCUUAGGUAAGUACCGCUGACGCAGGUCGUCAGUGUGGAGCACGACUAUGGCGCCCAGUUAAGUACCACUGAC